AUGGAAAGAUCUCCGUGCGUGAUAAGGAAUCCUAGAAAAGAUCGAUUGAGACUCCCUCCCCGGUCCCACGAAGAUCUCUACGUACUUGUCAAGUCCAGGACAACUGAGAUCUUCCGGUCUGCGUGCGUGGGAGCAGCUCAAAUAAAGAAGAGUCUGCUCGCCCUCGAGCCUUGGGCAGGUCGGCCGGGUCUUUCCCUGUUGUUCUGUUCCCGCCACGAGAAAGACGCACAGAAGGAAGAGGUAUGCCCGGCGCGCAGAGGAUCCGUUGAGAGUGUCUGUUGUAUCGGUAGGGAACUUUACGAUCUUUUCCCUGUAUUGAAUAAAAAAAAGAAUAGGUCAGUGCUACGGCCCUCUAUUGUUUGA